AUGGGGACUAGAUUGGUGGAGGAACAGGAGAGAAAAGAGCAAGUGCGCGAGGAGCUCCAAGGGACGGCAACGGCGGAGAGAGAGAAGGAGCAGAUGUGCGGCGCAGCGAAGGGGACGAAUGAGGACGACACGUGGUAUGCUGGGUCACCACAACCGGCAUCCUUCACGUUCAUGUCUCCGCCGGCACCGUCGACGUUCAUGCCUCCCCCGGCGACCGUGGAUCUUGUUGCAGCGACGGAGCUGCCGCCGGGGCUCGCCGAUGAUGAGGAAGUCGUCGAGGUUGAGCCGCCCCUGAUCCCCACGUUCUACGCGGAGAUCCGCGCUGACGGCGCUCGCCUCACCCUCGACACCUUCACCACCGUGGAGCAGGCGGCGCGCGCCUACGACAUGGUGGCAUGGCGCCUCGGCCGCCCCCGCCAGGAGCUCAAUUUCAAGUACUGCGCCUCGCUCGAGGAGGCGGAGUUCUUGGCCAGCUUCGACAGCCUCGUCACCGCCGAGCAGCGCCGCCUCGCCAUUGCGCAGGCGGAUGAACGCGCCAUGGAGGCGUGGGCCGCCGCCUUCCCGCAGGACGUCCUCGACCAGCGCUCCUUCUACGCGCAGAAGAACGCGGAGCGCAGGGCGGAGAAGGAGGGCAUUCGCGCGCGCAAGCGGUUCAUCGAGGCGCAGGAAGCCUGCCCGACGACCAUCGACGAAAACGAUGAACGCUGGACGGAUUUGGUCUUGACUGAGCUGUCGGAGUCGUCGUGA